CACGGUCGUCCCGCGCAGCCGUCAUGGCGGCCGAGGAGAAGGACCCCUUGAGCUAUUUCGCGGCUUACGGCAGCAGCAGCUCAGGUUCGUCGGGCGAGGAGGAUAAUAGCGAGCCGGAGGAAACAAAUCGCAGGACCCCAGAUCCUGCGAAGUCGGCGGGCGGCUGUGGGAACAAGGCGGAGAAGCGGCUGCCGGGACCCGACGAACUGUUUCGGAGCGUGAGUCGCCCGGCCUUUCUCUACAAUCCGCUCAACAAACAGAUAGACUGGGAGAGGCACGUCGUCAAGGCGCCUGAGGAGCCUCCAAAAGAAUUCAAAAUAUGGAAGUCAAACUAUGUACCACCUCCGGAGAGCUACACUACUGAGAAGAAACCUCCCCCUCCAGAGCUGGAUAUGGCAAUAAAAUGGUCUAACAUAUAUGAGGACAAUGGUGAUGAUGCCCCACAGAAUGUUAAGAAAGCUAGGCUUCUACCGGAAGGGGAGGAGACAGUGGAAUCAGAUGAUGAAAAAGACGAGCAUACUUCUAAAAAGCGCAAAGUAGAACCAGGAGAACCAACAAAGAAGAAAAAGUAGAAAACAACAAAUGACAAGAAUUUCUGGACUGAAACUUGUUGAAACGAUUUUUUUGGGCAGAUUAAGUUGACAAUUUAAAUUAUUAUGAAACAUCUCCAUGAAAGUACAUGCUAAUUAACUAAUAAUAAGUAUUGCUGUGGGAACUUUCCACUGUAGAAUUCAUUUUUUAUUUAAAACUUUAUUUAAAACUCAAGUGGUGAUUUUUGAUUGUGAAAUUGACAACACAUGGAAGCAUUCUUGCUAUCACAGAAUUGGUGACAUGCUUUGAGAGUUUUGUCACAUGUCGACAUGCCAAUGUUCUAUGAACCUUUUAUAAAGGAAUAUAUUUUUAAAGUAAAUAUAUUGUACUGUGAACUUGUAGGGUGCUUUUCAACAGUGUUUGUACAGUGUAAAUAGAUCAUGGAAAUAAAAUUACUUAUUCAGUAUUACUAUUAUUGCAUAACAUUAGCAUUUGAAUAUUUGUCAGACAAGGAACCUUUUUGCCAUGUGAUGUUUAUAAUAGUAAGUAUUACCAUCUAGGAGUGCCUCCUGUGUUCCAGGUGCUGU